AUGGAUAACCGCAUCGGUGUCGCUGAGAUGAGGCUCCGUCUGAAACACCGUGGGAGGCCAAAAGGUAAGUGAACCUCCAGGCAAGCGAACGUUGCACUGCUGCUUUUGCUUCACUUUUUCUUGUUUACCUGCUUUUUGCUGCCUUCGUGUCUGUCCUUGUUGAAUCUCCUCUGUUGCUUUUGCUCUUGCUGUUCUGCCUGCUUGCUUUUGUCUGUUUGUUUAUGUCUGUCCUUACCGCAAGCUUAAUGUCGUCCUGUUGAUUGUGUCUGCUCACCGCUUAUAUUUCAACAGCCAGUUAACCUAGAGAAUGACAGGAAAGCUGUGCAUCCCGUCUCUCUACCCUCCCCCCUUCAGUUUACGCGGUGUCGUAGACAGUCCCAGGCUAACUCGGGUCGCUCUCUCGCUAAACAGAGACGUAGCCCAUAAUGGAGUUCGGCAGCCGCCUGACACAACUGGGCAGCGCUAGUCAUCCCCGCGAGGGGAAAGGGUCUGGAAAAGGUGCCCUAAACAAAUACUGGGAAUCACGUCGUCUGCACGCUGACCAUGAUCUGCAGACGCAAAACUCACGGUCGAAACAACCAAACCAGAACCAACACUCUCUUUAUCUUCCCCCGCACCCGCCGUCCCACCCCACAGGCUGGUAGGGUGAGUCCGCUAACUCUGACAGCCUGGGAUUUUCGUUUCCUUUAAGACAAUCCGAAGAGCAGCCGACCGAAACGGAGGACGGCGCUAGCGGCUCGGUAACCAGCGCGCUAAAAGGUGGGUAUCACUGUGCUAGACGAGACUCGCUUCUCCGAACAGGGCCAACUGGAGGAGGUUGGUGCCGACUACACCUUCUUCUGGAGCGGUCGCCCAAAGGCAAAGCGACGAGACGCGGGCGUCGCCUUUGCCAUCCGGAACGACAUCGUGGGGCGAUUGCCCUGUCUGCUGCAGGACACCAACAAUCGCCUGAGGAGCCUCCGCCUGUCUGUCCGGGAAGAAAAUUCGCACCAUCGUCAACGCCUACGUUCCCACGAUGACCCGCCCGGACACCCCAAGUAA